AUGGCCGAAGAAUAAGGUGAUAACUGGUUCCCUCUUGAAUCAAACCCUGAUGUUAUUAAUCCUUACGUAUAAGGUUUAGGAUUUGACACAGCAUAAUAUUCAUGGUGUGAUUUACUUUCAGUAGAAGAAUGGGCUUAGGAAAUGGUCCCAAAACCAUGCUUAGCAGUUGUUUUCUUGUAUCCAAUUAGCGAAAAUACAACAAAAUAUGAUCAAGAAGAAGAGAACUAAGAAUAAUAGGUUCACCAAAGUGUUUAUUUCAUGAGACAAUAUGCUAGAAAUGCUUGUGGUACAGUUGCAGUAAUGCAUGCUAUGUUAAACAUCGAUCCUAGCUUAGUAUCAGCUAACUCUGUUGUAGAUAGAUUUAGAUAAGCUACUAGAGAAAUGACUCCUGAAUAAAGGGGAAAUUACUUUUUGACAUGCAAUGACUUAAAAUAAAAUCAUUAACAAGCUGUUUAGUAAGGUUAAUGUAGCAUUCAAGAAGAAGUUGAUACUCAUUUUAUUGCUUUUAUCCAAAAAGAAGGACAUAUUUAUGAGUUAGAUGGAAGAAAGAAAACUCCCAUUAAUCAUGGAUAAAGUUCUCCUGAUACUUUCCUUCAGGAUGCUUGUGUUGUUGCUAAAAAGUUAAUGGACAGAGAUCCUAGCUAAUUAAACUUUACUUUGGUUGCUUUAGCAAAAACACAAAAUGAAUAAGAGUAAUGA